CAGCACACUAUGUAUGUAUGUAUAUGUGUGGUAUGUUGUUGGUAACGUAGCAUUGCAGUUGAGCAUAGGUAGCAAACAAGUUAAAACACUGAUCUGGAUAAGUGAGGAGCUAUUUUACUGACUUCUAUCGAAUAGUGUUUGAAACGCGGUUUACUCAGCUAAUCAAUGACACAGACUGACAUCGCAAAUGUUUGUUGUGUUUCUUGUCAGAAUCACAUUUCAUUGGCCUUGGUGUUCGGAGCAGCAGUCCCAAAAUGAAGGCAUUUGUUGCAGCUGUAAUUCUGAUAGAGAUCAUAACAGUUUGUGCAGCAGAGGAAUAUAAUAUUCUCAAAGGAGCUCUCCAGACAUCACGAACGCAAGGUGCGACGUGGUUAUUCAACAUUCCUCAAAUUGACGUGUGCAAUACUCACAAAUAUAUCAAAUUCGUUGCGAAAUUCACCUCCAAAAUUGGCAGCAAUGAAAUAAGACUGCGAGUAGAGGCACAUGCAGCCUACCCUAGUCUGAAAAAUUCCUUUCCUGCAUUAUUCAAAUUACACCGUUAUUCCCACAUUGCCACGUACGAGGUAGAAAACAAGUUCUUUACCGCCAAAACCGCCGAAGAGAAAAAGCAAGUACAGCAAGAAGUUAGAGACAAUUUAUGCAAGUAUAUUAAAGUGUCUGACUCCAAGCUGAACAAUCAAGCUUUAUAUUUUAUUGAAUUCAAUUAUGCUAAAAGAUUGUGGUGUGACGCGUAUUCAAGCAUCGAUUUGCGACCUCUGGAAUUUGACGCAUGCGACGAGUUGAAACCGGAUUAUGAAGCAGCAAAUGCGUAUACAGUUGAAGUACCAAAGAUUCAAGAACUAAUAAGAGAUGGAGCUCAUUGCACAUUAACGACACACACUCCUGAUAAGGCCGUCUUUCAAAUUACUUCUCAGAACUGUCCUGUGACCGAGACUCAUCCUGAGAGACUACGGUUGAUUACUUAUCACGGUGGUCUUUCACUCGGACACUAUAGCUUGUUUCGUAACGACAACACAAACAUUGACAGCACAACAGUGGAUAAGAAAAAACUAUUCCGACUUUUCAGAAUGUAUUCUUACAAAAACAAUUUUGGAGCUGAAUCGUAUGUCAACGUUCAGUAUCUACAACAAGGGUAUUGGAAAUGUCAGACAUUUCAAAGAAAAGUGGGUUAUGGUACGGUAUAUUAUUCGACGGAUGACUAUCCGAGGCCGUGCAAACGAAUGCAGCAAGAGCAACUCCCGUAUGCCAGAGGCGACUACUUGAAGCUUGUUUACAUGGAAAAGCAUUAAUAUAUUGUAAAUAUAACGUAAAGUUAAGAGUA